UUAAUUAAAAAAUAAUGAUUACUUUAUUUCUUAUGGCAUUUUAAAUUAGUAGAUUUUACAUGUUAUUUAGUAGACCAAAAGCACAGCUGCUGCCUUCACCGAUAUAAAGUUUGUGAUGUGUCAAACCCUUGUCAAUAAAAGUUUAUGAAUUAUUUUAAUUACACAAAAACAGUGGUAAUAAUGGAUAAUUCCAGCUCAGAAACAGAUGUAAUAGAACAGAUUGAAAACGACGAGUUUUAUAGUUGUUUCUUGAAGACCGGCUCCAAAAAUGCCAUUCCUCAAGCCCUAAGUAUUUCUGAACAAGUCAAAAAGCUUGGCGAAGGCAUCGAAUUAAUCAGUCGCGAAUUACAAAAGCAAGUUUUGGAAAAACACGAUGAUUUACUCAGACAGGGCAACCAUGCAACUAAAUUGGAGAACGUCUUAAAUACGAUGAAUGGCCACGUCCAGAAUUUAUUUGCUAAUGCUGAACGUUUGAGGAAUCAAGUGACAGGUCCAUACAAUGCGCUAGAAAUGCACACGAAAGUAUUGGGCCGUUUGCAUUUGGCCAGUCAUAUCCUGAGACAGGUUAAUAGAAUCCAGCAGUUGAGUAAACGACUGGCUAAUACUAACGAUCCUGUCCAGAAAGCAACAAUUUUGCACGAGUUAGAGCAACUAGCGUCAGAUCCGGAUUUAAAGGACAUUGAUGCCGUAACAUCAGAAUUGCGAAAUAUAAGAGCCCAACAACAGAAAGUUGUCAAAUUGGCCACAGGAUCCUUAAAUCAAGGAAUAAUCAAUGAAAAUGUGGCCCAAACCACCACUGCUUUACAAAUUUUUAUUAAUUUGGGGACUAUUGAUGCCACCUUACACACAACUAUUGAAAAUAAUUUCAGCGAGUGUCGUGAAUGUUUAAAAACGGCUUUUGACGCCAGUAUUGUCUCAAGUGGGCUUAAAACAACCAAAGGGCCUGGAAGGGCCACUUUAACCACUUCGCAAGGCUUCAGAAAUAAAAUUUGGAGUGAGAUUGAGAAAGCAUUCUCUGAGGAAAUCUACCAAAAUUGCAAGCAGAUCAAGUUUUUGCAAACAACCGUAAACAACUUAAACAUCCAAAAUAUCGACAGUGACAUCGCUACGAAAUUUUGGACGAAAUUAGGCAAUUUGUUGAAGAGUGAAAUCAAAAACACGUCUUCAGCAGUUCAGCAAAUGUUGGAAGAGGACUAUCCAAAAUUACUGAAGUGCUUUUACGAAAUGUGCGAGAAACUGAAAUACGAUCAGUUUGUUUUUGACCGCCAAGUGCUCGAAAAGUGUGAAAAUUCGUAUUUGUCAAGCUCAUUAAACAGAUUAUUGGAUCCAGCUCAGUCUAUGUUUAGUAGUGAAGGGGAAGUGCCCUCUCACGACCAGAUUGAUUCCUUAAUUCGGGUCAUUAGCACCGAGUUAAGUGUUGCCUUGAUUGAGGAAACGUUAAGUGAGAAAAUUUGUAAAAACGUGUCCAAAUCUAUCAAAAUGUUUGCGCUAAAAACCGAACAACAGAUUGAAACUGGACCAGAAGCGGCUCAGGUCAUUGGAGGCAAUGCUAACUCAGGACAGCAAAGGAACAUCCAAUUUGCAAACGCCUUGUAUUAUUUUCAAGUACAAAUCCAGAGAAUGUUGUCAAACAUGAAAGACAGUUUGCCACAGUCUGGUAUUACGAUUAUUAACGAAAGUUUACAAGUUCUUGUUAACUUAGUUGGGGCUAUAAUUCAGCCUAUUGUUGUCUCAAUAAACUCAACAAUUGAAACGAUAAUCAUAACAAUUCAUCUUGAAACAGAUUGGGCCAAGCUUCAAGUCCCGAUAAAUAAAAAUUCAGUGGUUUGUAGCCCCUACAUGCGAGAGUUGUCUCAGUUUGUCACUCGUGUUUAUCACACCUAUUUAUCAAGUUUUAACAAUAAAGAAGUAUUGCUUGAAAAAUGUAGCGAAAUCGCCGUCCGUUGCAUUGAGCUCCUGGUCCGCCACUCCUCCUUACUCCGGCCCAUAUCACAAGGGGGGCGCGUGCGACUCCAGUCCGACUACCUCCAUCUCGAAGGCGCCCUCAGGGUGAUUUGCCCCCAUUUGAGCGAUUUGGGGCGUCCUUAUCGUUUACUAAAAUCCAUGGCGUCUCUUGUCACCCUAACUCCAGAGGAAAUCGUCGCAAGUCAAGCUUCUGAAAGCUCAGUGCCUCACAGUACCGUUUUACUUUUAUUAUUUUCAUUUGCCGGAAGUGAAUUGGCGAGUCCGCACCAAAACACAGCGUGGUCACUUCCGAAAUUAUCGGCCUGGUUGGAUGAGCACCCUUCGGAAUCGGAUCGGUUGGAUUUGAUCGUGGGAGCCCUCCAAAAGUACGAAAAUCUAGUGAGGCAGAAAAAUUCCGUUAAUUAUGACCCGGUUUAUCCGAUCAUGUCUACGUUUUUGGAAAAUGCGGUUAAAACGGUUAAAUAAAUAUUUUGUUAAACUUU